CUGGCUAUAAAGACCCCUUAGUGUUCAAAAAAACCACUAGUGGUUUCAAACGCAUGGUGUCCCCCAAUGUUUCCUUAAAUAAUACGAAACUGGAGCUGCAACCUGGAGCUGCUCAGCUAGUUUCCAAACUGUUAAAAACUUGCCUGAAGUUUUAUACACCAAUCUAGCACAGAAAUCAAAGAGAGAGAUUGCGGUAAAGAUGGGGAGAGGCAAGAUUGUGAUCCGAAGGAUUGACAAUUCGACGAGCAGACAAGUGACGUUUUCCAAGCGAAGAAAUGGGCUGCUGAAGAAGGCUAAGGAGCUUUCAGUCCUCUGUGAUGCUGAGGUUGGAUUGAUCAUCUUCUCCAGCACCGGCAGGCUCUAUGAUUAUGCUAGCACUAGCAUGAAAUCAGUUAUUGAUCGCUAUAAAAAGCUCAAAGAGGAACAUCACCAACUGUUGAAUCCUGCUUCUGAAGUCAAGUUUUGGGAAAGGGAGGCAGCAAGCUUGAGACAACAAUUGCAGUACUUGCAAGAAUGCCACAGGGAAUUGAUGGGUGAAGAACUAUCUGGUUUGAGCACCAAAGAUCUACAGAACCUGGAAAGCAAACUGGAGAUGAGUUUGAAAGGCGUCCGGUUGAAAAAGGAACAGAUAUUAAAUGAAGAAAUAAUAGACCUGAGCCAGAAGGGAGAUCUCAUACAUCAAGAGAAAAUAGAACUGUAUAAGAAGCUAGACGUCAUAGGUAAAGAGAAUGUGGAACUCCAAAGAAAGGCCUAUGGAGCAAGGAAUGUGAAUGAAGAAAACAAAAGCUCCGAACCUUCUUUUACCAUUACUAAUGGAUAUCAUUUGCAUGCACCCAUCCAUCUCCAGCUAAGCCAGCCACAGAAUCAAACUGAGCCUCAGCCUCAGAACAAUGUACCAGCAAAUACAAUCAAAUUAGGAUUGUAUCUGCAGUAGCAGGGUUGUUCCGUAGCUGUGGACGGCCAUCCAUCAUUCUACUGUCAACUUGCACUAAGGUCAAAAUCAAUCUUCCAGUAAAAUGUAUCCAGCAGAAGGCCUAAGCGCUUUCAUAUUAACUUUUCAUGAAUCAAACCUUUGAAUUUCUGUACAAGAAUUAGACAAACCAGGUAGAGUGUAAGUUUGUGCAAUAAUUGGGGAAAAUAAUGUGCGUUGUUUUUCUCUGUAUUAAGGAUUUGUUGUGGUCAGACAGAGGGACAGUAGUCAAAUGUUGUACCUAUAU